GCGGGCGCGGCUACUCGAGGCACUGCGGUAGCGCGGCGCAGGGGGCCCGCCGGGGAGCGCGGCGCCGGCCAUGGAGCGCGGGGCUCGGCGCGGCGGCCGGCUGCUGGCGGCGGUGUGGAGGAGGCUGUGGGACUGCGGCCCCAGGGAUGGCAGCAGCGGUGGCCCCUGGGGCCUGGCCCGGCUCCCGCUUUGUUCUGGGGACAGCAGGGGGGCAGCUGGCCCCGCAGCACAGAGCAGGCUCCAGGAGACCAGGCCCUUCUCUCUGUCUGCUGCUGCCAGGGCAGCCCCGGGAGCAGGCAGCCGGGGAGGCACCGGCAGGCAGGGGCAGCUGAGCCUGCAGGACGUGGCAGAGCAGAUCCGGAGGCAGGAGCGCCGGCGGGUGGUGGUGAUGGCAGGCGCAGGGAUCAGCACCCCCAGUGGCAUCCCCGACUUCAGGUCUCCAGGGAGUGGCCUCUACAGCAACCUUGCACAGUAUGACAUCCCCUACCCAGAAGCCAUCUUUGAACUGAUGUAUUUCUUUGCCAACCCCAAGCCCUUCUUCACGUUGGCCAAGGAGCUCUACCCUGGCAACUACAGACCCAACUAUGCCCACUAUUUCCUGAGGCUGCUGCACGACAAAGGGCUGCUGCUGCGCCUCUACACCCAGAACAUCGAUGGGCUGGAGAGGGUUGCUGGGAUCCCUCCUGAUAGGCUGGUGGAAGCCCACGGCACCUUUGCCACUGCCACCUGCACAGUCUGUCGAAGGCAGUUCCCAGGAGAGGACUUCAGGGGGGACGUCAUGGCCGACAGGGUCCCUCGGUGUGCCGUCUGCAGCGGCGUGGUGAAGCCUGACAUCGUGUUCUUCGGCGAGGAGCUGCCGCAGCGCUUCCUCCUGCACCUGGCAGACUUCCCCCUGGCAGACCUGCUCUUUGUCAUCGGGACGUCCCUGGAGGUGGAGCCCUUUGCCAGCCUGGCGGGCGCCGUUCGCAGCUCUGUGCCCCGAGUCCUCAUCAACCGCGAUCUGGUGGGACCCUUCGCUCGGUACCAGCGCCACAACGAUGUGGCCCAGCUGGGAGAUGUGGUCAGCGGGGUUGAGAAGCUGGUGGAGCUGCUGGGCUGGACAGAAGAGAUGCAAACGCUGAUCCAGAAAGAGAAAGAAAAGCUGGAUGCCAAAGGCAAGUAGGAGAGCUGGCUCCCUGCUGCUGGAGAGCAAGAGACUUUGUGGUUCCCAGCAUGGGCAGAGGAGGAGAUCCUGGCAGAGAGCUGUGGUGGGACAGGUCAUGCAGCCCUGCAGCAGCAAAUCCACCAGGAGCGGCUGGGAGGAGAGGAUGCUCAUGGCCCUGCUAGGCUGGGAGGGGAGCAGCAGCCCUCACCCACGAAGGAGGAAAGCCAGAGGGAGUGGAGCCCAAACACCAAGCUGAAAACUGGUUCUACCCUACCUGAGACUUCAGCUGAUGGAGUACCAAGCACUGCUCCAUCCUCAUCUUACCCCAUCUUGGCACCACAAGGAGUGACUCUUCUCUGCCUCUUGCCGCAUCAGCACACCCUCUGAUGUCCAGCUAUGAGAGCUUCCCCAGGAAGGGGCCAGGAGCUCCUGGUCUCUUGCCAGCACAUCAGGGAGCCUGUUUGGGCCUCCUGCCACCUCGGCCCCCUAGAGGGACAGCUGUUCAAGGAGCAGAGGCUGAAAAUGCCACAAGGAGCAGGCCUCGAGGCAGGACAGCCUAGAAUGAGUUCACCUCCCACCACUGACUGAACAUCCACUGCUUCCUUCCACAGCUGCUCCUCGGACACAGUCAUGAUCUUCCAGCUGCUGCAGACUGCUAAGGUUUAUUUUUCAGGUGAAACCUCUACUAGAUGGGGGACAAAUGCUGUCUAGGGGGCUGCCUGCCCCCAUUCCCAAUCAGGAACACUGGCUCAGGCUGCUGGAAGGGCUCCAAGUCAGGUCACUGUUAAUUAUUUAAUAAUAAAAGAGUUCUAAUUCUUUUGGCAAUGUAA